GCCGGCUACCCGGAACAAAUGGAGAUUGGAAGCCACGUUGACACAGAAGUGGUGUUUUAUUUCAUUCUAAAACCGGUGAAAUAACGGUAACUGCACCGGUGUGUCUGUCCAGCGGCCAAAGGGUUUGGAAAUCUUACAGAAGGACAAGACAAGCCACAUCACCAGAAAAAUGAGCGUAGGAUUCAUCGGAGCGGGCCAGCUGGCUCAUGCGCUGGUGAAAGGGUUCACAGCUGCGGGUGUAAUAGCUACUCAGAGAAUCAUAGCCAGUUCUCCAGAUACUGAUCUGCCUACUGUUGCUGGCCUGAGGAAAAUGGGUGCUAUCCUCACCACCAGUAACAAGGAGGUGGUGAACAAGAGUGAUGUCCUGUUCCUGGCAGUCAAACCCCACAUCAUCCCCUUUGUGCUGGAUGAGAUCGGACCAGACAUAGAGGACAGACACCUCAUAGUGUCCUGCGCUGCAGGAGUCACCAUCAGCUCUAUAGAGAAGAAGCUGCUUCAGUACCGUCCGUUCCCCAAGGUGAUGAGGUGUAUGACCAACACCCCCGUUGUGGUGAGAGAGGGAGCUACAGUCUACGCUACAGGAACACACGCUGAGGUGGAGGAUGGUAAGUUGUUGGAGCAGCUGAUGGCCAGUGUUGGGUUCUGUACAGAGGUGGAGGAGGACCUUAUCGAUGCCGUAACCGGCCUCAGCGGCAGUGGCCCCGCCUACGCGUUCACAGCUCUGGAUGCUCUAGCUGACGGAGGGGUGAAGAUGGGUCUACCCAGGAGACUAGCGGUCAGACUGGGAGCUCAGGCACUACUGGGAGCAGCUAAGAUGUUGUUGGACUCUGAGCUGCACCCUGGCCAGCUGAAGGACAAUGUGUGUUCCCCCGGGGGAGCCACCAUUCACGCCCUGCACGUCAUGGAGAGUGGCGGCUUCCGCAGUCUGCUCAUCAACGCCGUGGAGGCUUCAUGUAUCAGGACACGGGAGCUGCAGUUCCUAGCGGACCAGGAGCGUAUCUCCCCGGCAGCCAUUAAGAAGACCACCCUGGACAAGGUCCUGCAGCAGCCUGGGGUCAGCCAGGGGUCAGGGGUCAACGGCAAGCCAGGACUCAGCCUCAGGAGAAACCCACCAGGACCUGUCAAGAAGAACAACUGAGAUGGAGACACACACACAACACCUAAAACAUCAGUGAAUAUUUAAGAUAGAAAUGUAAUGCAUAGAGCUGAGAUGAUUCCUUAUUCUACAUGACAGAGGAAUCAUAUCUGUUCUAUGCAAUGCAUUUCUUUCUGAGAGUUUCUUUAAUGUUGCCCCUGGAGCUACAGCAGGCAACAGAUGGCUUCAGUGAUGAGGCGAUCAUUUCUUUUUGCCUGAUGACUCAAACUGCUCUGUUCGCUACACACUUCAGUCUGAGACUGCCAUCGUUGAAGUCGUUUGUGGUGACGUCAAAAUGAGGGGUGUUGUACAAAAGUAAUCAGUGACUGGAUCAUCUCUAACCAAUCAAAGCCAAUGACGAAUUUUCAAAACGCCGCUUUACUCACGUUUGCCAUUGGUUUCUGGGACUAAUCAGAAUGGUUAGAAUAUUUUUCCGUUCUAGAAAUCGUCGUGAAGGUACUCAGCCAGACUCAUUGCCGAGAAGAAACUAACGUCCGUGGGCGUGGCGUAAAGUUUGGCCGGAGCAAGGAGUUUGGGUAGCCAGGCAAGCCAUUUAUAAGGAUGCAUCCCAUAUUGCACCCUAUUCCCCCCAUAGGGGUCAAAAGUAGUGCACUAUAAAGGCAACAGGCUAACAUUUGGGACGCACAGUAAGUGUACAAUGCAGAUCGCUACAAUGUAUUUUAUAUGAAGCCAGAUCAUGCUAUGAAAACCUUUUUUUAUUUUGUUUGUUGCCAUUUUCUUGUCAUUUUAGUUUUUUCUUUGUUUUUGGCCUACAGUGAUAUUUUAUGGACUGACUGAACAACAAUUGUUUUGAUAAUUUUAGUUGUUUUUGUUUUUUUAUAUAUUUUAUUGUCUGUCUGUUGUGGUCACAAUCAAGACAGAAAAUAAACACUAGCCACCAGACAAGUGCUGGUAAAAAGUC